AUGGCCAACUCAAGAUAUGAAUACGUGAAAGCGUUUGAAAGGGAGAAUUAUCUACUCCCUGAUACAUUCAUUGUCAUACGUGUUGAUGGGAAAGGUUUCCAUAAGUUCUCACAGCAUUAUCGUUUUGAUAAACCAAAUGAUUUACGGGCGUUGGGAGUCAUGAAUCGAGCCGCUUUAAAGGUAAUGCAGAAAUACAGUGACGUCUUGAUGGCAUAUGGCGACUCCGAUGAGUAUAGCUUUUUAUUACGGCGAAAAUGUGAGUUGUAUGAGAGAAGAGAGAUGAAGUUGUGCACGCUUUUUGCCAGUUUGAUGUCAACUUAUUAUAUGUUUUAUUGGAAUUUGGAGUUUAGUGAGAAGUCAAUUGAGGAAGAUAUGGUGCCAACGUUUGAUGCAAGAGCAGUGGUUUAUCCCAAUUUCCAAGUGGUGAGAGAUUACUUUAGUUGGCGACAGGUGGACUGUCACAUAAACAAUCUAUACAAUACAGCUUUUUGGAAUUUGGUUAAACUCGGACUCACACCACAAGAAUCGGAGCAGAGACUAAUGGGUACUGUGUCAUCAGACAAGAAUGAAAUACUAUUCAAAGAGUGUGGGAUAAACUAUAACAACGAGUUGGAGAUAUUUAAAAAGGGAACCAUCUUGGUGAGAGAGCUCAAAGAUUAUACCCGCAAGGUUGAUCUCAGCUCCAGACAGAAGCAAAGGGAAGAAAAAAGUAGAAGGAAAGCAGAGAUAAAACAGUAUCAUGUAGAUAUAAUCAAUGAUGACUCAUGGUGGGAGUCACGCCUUUGGUUAAAUGAAUAG